GCAUUCCCAUCACAUCUCUGUAUUCCUGACCUUCCUCUCUGUUUUCAGAAUCAGCUGUAGAAGUAAGGUUAAACUGGAAGUUUCAACAAAAUAGAUCGAUAAACCAGCAGAACCGUGAAAAUAUGGCAGUGAAUACAAUACUAAUGGAUUUUUCUCUAAACCCCAACUUAAUCAAAAAUGAGAAACAGCUGAACGCAAUCGCUACCGCAUUGGAAAAUAUAUUACGCAAUUUUUUGGGAAACUGCAAACACAUGGGCAGCUUUGAUCUGCAGGAUGGCUUACUGAAAUUGUAUCAUUCAGAACCUGGAGCUACAAUAAAUUUGAGGAUAUAUAAUAACGGUUUACUGACAGUCAACAUCGAUUUCUGUGUAGAUGAUAAACAAGGGCCUGUCUUAUCCAAUGAGAAAUGCAAGGAGUUACAAAGAGAUAUAUUGGACAGAGUAGUCGAAGUCAAGAAGGCACAAUACCUGGCUCCAUUGAAAAGAGGAACUUUUAUGAGGUAUUAUAUGUCGUCAG